GCAGGUUGAAACCCAGCAGGCUGGGGACCGUGCACAUAGUGGAUCCGGGCUCGGCCGACGGGGCAUCAAUUCUUCCCGGCGAAUGACAGUAGAGGUAAUCAAUUGCUUCAGAACACCAAGCUUCACCAGUACCGUCCUAUCUGGUGAGCCAGACGAACCCCCCUUCGAACGAACCCAAUUGAGCCAGCACCAUGUUGUCGGCAUCCAGACGAGCGACGAGCGCCUUGUCGCGGCAGCUCCGCGUUGCCUCGAGACCAUUUUCCGUGUCGACGACGCUCCGCACCACCGAGAGACCCGCCGUCGUCGAGAAGAACGAGGCGGCGACCCCCCAGGUGGCCGACAACACCGUCCCCGAGACCAUCAGCCAGGCGCCCAACCGAGCCGCGAUCUGGUCGCGCAGCCAGAGGCCCCGUGCCGAGGCCAUGACCGGCCCCCGAUUCGAGCAGACCGACUUCUCCCUCCAGCCGCAACCCUACGCAGCGAUCGAGCUCAUUCACCAGGAGCCGGUGCGGUGGACUCACAAGCGCGUCGUCGAAUGUGACGGCGGCGGCGGCCCUGCCGGCCACCCUAGAAUCUUCAUCAACACGGACAAGCCGGAGAUCUGCACCUGCAACUACUGCGGUCUUCCCUUUGCCAACGAGCACCACCGCGAGCACCUCGAGUCCCUUCCCCAGACCUCUUACCCUCUAGCAUAAAGGUCCAGCUGUGCCGGUGCACGGGUUAGUAAGGUGGUGGCAGCGCAGGGGCGAAAUAGAGCGUCACCCUGGGCUGCGCAGCGGGCUCGCGAUGUUGUGUAUAUAUAGCAGGAUCAGUGCUUCGGAUAACCAUGUUUACAUUUCAAACCGACGAGAAUCUGAGUGAUGUCAGCGCACCGACAUGACUAACUGUGUAGAGGCUCCUCUCCC